UGCAUUGCCGAAACGGAACACAAAUCGUUUUUCAGAAAAACAAAAAAAUUUCGUAAGAGAGCUGUUUUUGAGCGGAGAAAAUACUGGUGUGAAAGUUCAGCAACUAGCGCUUUCGCUUCUAUGCGCUCUGCGGUAUCUAACGGCAAAAAGUAUUUUCUACAAAAGAAUAUUUUUCCGUUCGCCAGAUACAAGCACUUUUCAAUAGGUUUACAUUACUUCUUCGAAAAGGAAAUUUAGAAAUCUCUGUUGUUGAGGACGAUGAAGCAGAAGAAAGCGAAGGUCUCAGUGAGGACGAUGAUCAUGUCGACAUUGUAACUACUAACACAGCUGAAAUUUUGAAACAGAUUGAUAAUGAUGCCAGUUUGUACGAUUUUGAAAGUGAUGACUGGGUAUCGGUGCUUUUUGAAAAGGGCUGGCUACCAGCCAAAGUAUUAGAAACUACGAACGAUUCCGCUUUCUCGCUUUUUUCUGGAAAACGCUGGUGA